AUGGAUCCGUUAACCACCGAAUCGCAUGUGAUGCAUGUCACUUUCUACAACGGUGAAAAAUCCACAAAACAACAUGGAGUUCUUAAGCUUUACGACCGGCGUUACGCUAGAAGCAUUCGUGAAGUCAAUAGCACAACCACAGCCGCUCCGUUCGAAGCAGAUAAUGCCUAUCUUUCAUUCGUGCGUCAAGGGAAAAUGACCGUUUUUCGCUCCGCCUUGGAACAUAUCUACAAAACUGCGCCCGUCAGACCCUGUGCAAGCGACUUUCUUGACACCCAAAUUUAUGGCGGUUCCGAGGCUGAUCGCGUGGCAAGAUUUGAAGCCGCUACCUGGUACGAAAAUAAUAAGCACUUUAAGACCGAGUUAAAGGCAUACAAACAGCUCGAACCCUUGCAAGGCAGUAAGAUACCGCGCCUCCUCGCACAUAUCCGAAUUCCGUAUCCUACCAUUUACGACCGACCUCAAGAAGACGGCGACGAACAAUGGGACGAAUUCUAUUGUGUCCAUGGCCUCCUUUUAGAAUACAUUCCUGGCCCCAAGCUCGGAAAGUGGCCUAAACCCAGCUUUGCCCCAUACACUCUAAAGGCAGCGAUACAAAGCACCAUCGAUUCGAUCAAUGCUAUCAAUGCAUCGGGCGUUCUUGUCGAAAAAUGCACCAACAACGUCAUAAUGAAUGACAAGGACGACAAUGAUGACCAAAUGCUAGUCGAAAGUCAUAAACCCUUUAUCGUCGAUUUCGCCAAGGCUGUAUUUUGUGACGACUUGUACGAGAUUGAGAUUACGCGGCUUCUACCAAGUGACUUGCUGGCCACAGAAGACCUCCACGCCCGUCUGAAACUCGCGUAUUAG